UCAAAGUGCCAGUGUGCUAAAGAGCCCAAGUGCCUGCGGUUCAAAGGCAAGGCUCUACAAUCCAGGGUUCAAGCAAAGCCACGAAAAUGCGGAAACGAGAAUGUUGAGAGCAAGAAGAAGAAAUCUUGAUUUCAGCCUGUACUUCUAUAUAGCACUAUACACGAACUAUUCGUGUGUUUGGAGAAGGAAAUGGGAGCAGCUCUGAGCUGAUAACGCCAGACUGUCAUCACUACUCAAAGGCGCUGAUAGGGGCAGCAUCCCGGGUUAUCAGGUGUUGAGCUGGUCGCGGACUGAAGACUGGAGCGGACAGUUGACAGCCUCGCCUUCGGCGCGCCGGUCUGUCUGUCUGUCCCGAAGAUGUGGCUCCUGCUCGCGCUCGUCCUGCUCCUGGUGGUCCUCGGCCACGAGAUGCGCCGGUUCGUGAGGAACAUGCGCACCGUGCCGGCGCCCCUGCCCCUGCCCCUCCUGGGCAAUGCCCACCUCUUCUUCGGGCUCUCUCCGGCGGAGGCCUGCCUCCGGAUCGGGGAGCUGGCGGAGAAGUACGGCGAUACGUUCGGCCUCUUCCUGGGGCCCUCCUACAGCGUCAUGCUCUUCAACCCGCGCGACGUGGAGCGGGUCCUCAGCACCAGCCAGUGGCUGACCAAGUCGCAGGAGUACUCCUUCCUGGGCCGCUGGCUGAACGAGGGGCUGCUGGUCAGCAGCGGCCGCAAGUGGCACCGCCGGCGCAAGAUCAUCACGCCCGCCUUCCACUUCAAGAUCCUGGAGGCCUACGUCGAGGUCUUCGACCGCCAGUCCCUGCGGCUCGUCGAGGAGUUGGGCUCACGCAGGAGCGGAGGCCAGGAUACAAACCCACCGAUCAACCUGGGCGAGGCAAUCCACCUCUGCACGCUGGACGCCAUCUGCGAAACCGCCAUGGGCGUGUCCAUCAACGCACAGUCCAAUGCCGACUCCGAGUACGUGCAGGCGGUGAAGACCAUCUCGAUGGUGCUGCACAAGCGCAUGUUCAACAUCCUCUACCGCUUCGACCUCACCUACAUGCUGACCCCCCUGGCGAGGGCCGAGAAGAAGGCCCUGAACGUGCUCCACCAGUUCACGGAGAAGAUCAUCGUGCAGCGGCGGGAGGAGAUCAUCCGCGGCGGGAGCAGCCAGGAGAAUCGUACGGAGCACGCGGACGCGGACGUGGGCGCCAAGCGCAAGAUGGCCUUCCUCGACAUCCUCCUGCAGUCGACCGUUGACGAGCGGCCACUGAGCAACCUGGACAUCCGCGAGGAGGUCGACACCUUCAUGUUCGAGGGCCACGACACCACCUCCUCCGCGCUCAUGUUCUUCUUCUACAACAUAGCCACCCAUCCGGAGGCGCAGAGCAAGUGCUUCGAGGAAGUCCGCUCCGUGGUGGGCCAGGACAAGAGCACGCCCGUCACCUACGACCUGCUGAACCAGCUGCACUACGUCGACCUGUGCGUCAAGGAGACCCUCCGCAUGUACCCCUCGGUUCCGCUGCUGGGCCGCAAGGUCCUGGAGGACUGCGAGAUAAAUGGAAAACUUAUUCCUGCGGGCACGAACAUCGGCAUCUCACCGCUUUAUUUGGGCAGACAAGAGGAACUCUUCAGCGAGCCCAACAGUUUCAAGCCGGAGCGAUUUGAUGUGGUGACCAGCGCCGAGAAGCUCAAUCCCUACGCUUACAUCCCCUUCUCAGCAGGACCGCGCAACUGCAUUGGCCAGAAGUUCGCCAUGCUGGAGAUCAAGGCCAUUGUUGCCAAUGUCCUGAGGCACUACCAGGUUGACUUUGUGGGCGACUCUUCAGAGCCGCCAGUCCUGAUCGCCGAACUGAUCCUGCGCACAAAGGACCCGUUGAUGUUCAAGUUGCGGGAGCGAGUCUAUUGAAUUCCUAGCUUACAUUCUAUUAUUCCCUUUGUAAAUAAACUACACAACAAUAUAGCGAA